AUGUUAAUAGACGGCGGCUGUAACGGAACAGACAGUGAAUGCAAAAAAUACUGCAACGAUCGUAGGUGUUCCAUCGAUAUUCUGAUUAUGAAUUCUCUAAUUAUUUGAUAAGCCCGGUAAAAGUUUUUUGAGGGCUCUCAACCUCAGUCUAAUUUACCCACCCUGAUUUUAGCUACGUGGGGUCGGCUUUACUGCAGUGCAAAGUGUAGAGGAUUUUCGAAAAUGUGGCGAGAACAAUGCUUGUGGGGACCACAAGUAUCGUAUAACCACAACUCUACCGCAUUUACACUUACCAACAAGUUUUGGGAGAGGAAAGAUGCUGCUGGGUUUUGGGCAACGGACGAGAUGCAUAUUCGAUUCAACGGAUCGUCGCAGAAACUAGGGAUUGCGGCUAUUGCAUUACGCACAAUGUACCACGUCAGAAGCGAGGAAUCUCGAUUGUAAGCGUACUUGUAUUAGACGAUGAAAGGUCUUGCACACCUCAGCCAAUCGCAGCCCAUUUGUUAUCUUUAAUUUCAGCGGCACAAUUGGGCUAAGCCGGGAUCCACACCUAAAGACAUUUGUCACCUUACUGAAAGAAAGCGGCCUUAUCGAUUACAGAGUCUUGACUAUUGAUUACUCACCGGAAUGGUACGCUUAUUUUCACUUUGGUAUUCAUAGCGCAGACGGCUGUGACCGUCAUGUCAAAACGGUCACGGCACUGGGAGGAAGCGUAUGGAUGUUUGACGCAAAAGGCGUGGCGCUUCUGGAUUAUCAAUCGACACAUAAUUUCAGGGUGGGUGAUAGACCACGUUACAGUGUCGGACCUGAUCCAGAGGCAAGGACAUACAAUUUUGCAGCCGGGAAGUGUCAAAGAAUGUGGCAAAAUGCCUCCCUCUCCAACUAGAAAAACUCCGUUUUGAAGGGCUCCCUCACAAAAAGAGCGGGCGCGCUUUUGAAAUCGGAGUUUUGUCACUUGGAGAGGGAGAUAUUUUGCUACAUUUCUUGAUGCCACCUGUAUACAAAAUAAUACGUUGAAGAGAUCCUCGAUUCCUCCUCAACACAAUCAGACACCGGGUCUCCUAAUACGCUGUCCUAGACAAGCUCUCCCAACACUCCAACAAUUACCCAUGACCUCUUUAUUGUCCCAAAUACCACAAUAUACAAGCAGGCCAAUACACUCGACGUAUUCCAAUUGUCCACACACGCUGACGGCCAACUCGCUCAGGCUGCGACUUCCCAACUAUGACCUUCCUUUCCUUCCAAAUCCACGUCUCGGUUGAUUGCGGUGUCCUUUCGGGUCUCGUGGCGGGACGCAGCGACCGGUUGAAUGCUGUUGCGGCGGCCGUGGCCUCUCUCGUUUUUGCCACUGGAUUAAGUCCGCCACUGUAAACGUGGGUCUUGGGCCGAGCCGAAAGUCACGGCCCUGCCCGCGGCACAGGAGGGUUCGGCCCGGCCAGUUUCAAAAUCUAAUCCAGGCUCAUACUACAGUCAGAUAAUCAUAUUUUACUUCUAGAUUAUGCUAACCGAGGGUUUUUCAAGUUGGAUUCCUCGGACCCUCCUCCUGCAAUUUAUUCAAUCCGGUGCGUUAGCACUCAAUCAAGAUUUCGGAAUGAAUAAUUUCUACACAUUGAAUUUGUCUCACGACUUCUUCAACCACCACUUUGAAUACAAAGUUGAAAGACGACUUCAAACUUUCGCUUGA